AGUUUUGUGUUUUGUAAGUCUUGGACUUGGUUACAUAAAAAAAAAAUGUUACCGGAAAAUGAAAAUUUUUUGCCAGAAUCCGACGUCAAAUUGACCUUGGGAUUGCCGAGCGGAGAACCCAUGUCAACCAAACCCGGGUUGAAACGUGGAUUCUUGGAAACCGUUGAUCUAAACCUUGAGUUUGAUCAAGUCCUUGCAGCUAAACCUCCAGUGGGAAAGGCGCAAGUGGUGGGGUGGCCGCCGGUGAGAGCUUUCAGGAUGAAUGCAAUGAAGAGUUGCAAGUAUGUGAAGGUGGCAGUUGAUGGAGCUCCAUAUUUGAGAAAGGUGGAUUUGAUGAUUUACAGUAGUUAUCAGGAACUGUUGAAUGCUCUUGAAGAAAUGUUCUCAUGUUUGACCAUUUGGAAUUAUUUGAAUGAGAGGAAGAUAAUGUUCAAUGUAAAUGGAAUGGAAUAUGUACCAACUUAUGAAGACAAGGAUGGCGACUGGAUGUUGGUUGGAGAUGUGCCAUGGAAAAUGUUUGUUGAAUCUUGCAAGCGUCUAAGGUUGCUGAAAAGCUCAGAGGCAAUUGGAUUAGCUCCUAGAGCAGCUUCAAAGGACCCAAGUACAAGCUGAAGAGCUAAUUUUUGGGGUGACAAUUGGCAGGCUUUUUUGGUUUCAUUUCAGUACACAUUCCGCUUGUUUUUGUCGGGGAGUUUUGAUAGAAAAUACAGAUAGUUAAGAGUGACAAAAGAUCCCUAGUUUCCUGUAAAUACCAGAAGUUGCAAUGUAGUUCUAAUCUAAUCCAUAUGAAUUGUUUCUUGGCC